GCAGCCUCCCGAAGUCCCUCAUACAAACAGCAUCAGAGAAUAAUCCAGCCCGCCACUGCCUCUUAGCCAGAGUAGCCUCUUCUACCUAUAAGAGACAACUGAGUCACUGAGUCCAGCAGAGCCAUGUCUGUGCCGGCGGAUCAAAAAGACGAGCUGCUGCUGCUGCCUGGCCCUGGGUCACAGUGGUUCGGGGAUGGGAGGGAGGAGGAGGGGAAGGAGGAGGAGGAAACGGUGACGAUGAAAGGGUUUCACCGGCCACCGUCGCUGCCUCAACAGCAACACCCGGCAGGGGAGACUUGCAGGAGCGGGGGAGAAAGCGUUGGAGAAGGGGCGCAGCAGGAAUUGGGCUCAGGCAAAGAUCGCCAAGAGGAGAAACACCCUCCCGUUGCCAUGGAGACUGCAUCCACAGGUGUUGCAGAUGACCCUUAUGCUAGAGAUUAUACUUCUCCAGCAGCAGCAAAAGAAGAAGGAGCCUUUUACACAUCUUUGAUUUCGGACGUCCAUUGUUCGUCCCAGCAGGAUUCUAUGUAUUUCACUGGAAUCCUUCAGAAGGAAGGCAAUCGUGCUACCAGUUCAGAGAGCACUGAAGAGCCGAAUGUACGAGGCCCUUCCUUGCAAGAAGCACCUGGCUUGGAGUCUCAUGGUUUAUUUAGUUCUGAUUCUGGAAUAGAGAUGACUCCUGCAGAAUGUAAAGAUGUGAAUAAGACCUUAGCAGAUCCCCUAGACCAGAUGAAAGCAGAAGCUUAUAAAUACAUUGACAUAAGUAGGCCAGAGGAAAUAAAAUACCAGGAACAAUGGGAAUCGGGCCAGGAAAGCAAGGACUCCGAUUUUAAGAAUGAAUGUGCUGAAACAUCAGUAAAGUCAGAAUGUACCUCUGAGCCUGAGACACAGGCUCCUGUAGAGGUAAAGGGAGCCAAAGAACAUUUAUCGGAAGAAUCAACAUUUGCACCGUACAUAAAUGAUUUGUCUGAGGAUCAGCACUGUGUCUCCCUGGUUACAGCACCAGUCAAAAUCACACUGACUGAGAUAGAGCCAGUUGCUGAGACUUCUGCCCAAGAGAAGAGCCCGGAGAAGCAGGAUGCUUGCCUGAAAUCAAGUCGCGAAACAGUGCCAACAGUUACUGUCUCAGAACCAGAAGAUGACAGCCCGGGAUCAACGACUCCACCAUCUUCUGCAACAGAACCAUCUGGCUCAGAGUCCCAAGGUAAAGGCAGCUUCUCAGAAGAUGAACUUAUCAGUGCCAUCAAGGAAGCAAAGGGAUUAUCUUUGGAAACCACUGAAAGCCAGCAGACAAUGGGACAGAUUCCUGAAAAACCAGAGCCCCCAAACAAGUCUGGACCGCCAGCUGCUCCAUGCCCCUUGGACCAUGAAGUUAGUGGCACUGAAUCUGGUGACUCCGAGAUAGAGCUUGUCUCUGAAGAUCCUCUGGCUGCAGAAGAAGUACUGCAGUCCAGCUACAUGACUUUUAGCCAUAUCAGUGGCCCUCCACCAUCUCCUGCCUCCCCUUCCAUACAGUACAGCAUCUUGAGGGAGGAGCGAGAGGCUGAACUGGACAGUGAGCUCAUCAUUGAGUCUUGUGAUGCUUCCUCUGCUUCUGAGGAGAGCCCCAAAAGGGAGCAGGACUCUCCAUUGAUGAAGCCCAUAAUCAUGGACAUUAUCAAGGAAGAAAAUGGCUCCAGGACAGAGAACCUUGGGGCUUCCGGAUACGAUGUGGACAACAGCGUCAAGGAGAGUGAAAUGAACAGACAAAACCUGGCAGAGUCCGCCUCGUACCUGAAGGGCUCCUUUGUUUCCCCCCAAAUCAGCACUGAGCUCCCUACGUCUGAAGGCAGAACUGAAGAACCGCAGGGGAAAAUAUCCCAGAAGAAAGCAGCUGACGUGACAGGUGUUAGUCAGAGUCAUCGGUCUUCAAAGGACUCUGGGCAAAAUAUCUGGUCCUCACCCCCACUGCUGUUUUUAAAUAAGCAAAAAGCUAUUGAUCUGUUGUACUGGCGUGACAUUAAGCAGACUGGGAUAGUGUUUGGAAGCUUCCUGCUGCUACUCUUUUCUCUGACCCAGUUCAGUGUUGUCAGUGUGGUGGCGUACCUGGCCCUUGCUGCACUCUCGGCCACCAUCAGUUUCAGAAUCUACAAGUCUGUCUUACAAGCCGUGCAGAAAACUGAUGAAGGACACCCAUUCAAGGCAUAUCUAGAGCUCGAGAUCUCUCUUUCCCAGGACCAGAUUCAGAAGUACACAGACUACCUGCAGUUGUAUGUGAAUAGUGCAGCUAAAGAACUGAGAAGACUCUUUCUGGUCCAGGAUCUGGUGGAUUCCCUAAAGUUUGCUGUGCUAAUGUGGCUACUGACUUACGUUGGUGCUCUCUUCAAUGGCCUGACGCUGCUGAUAAUGGCUGUGGUGUCAAUGUUUACUCUCCCGGUAGUAUAUUUUAAGCACCAGGCACAGAUUGACCAGUAUUUGGGACUUGUGAGGACUCAUGUAAAUACUGUUGUGGGAAAGAUUCAGGCCAAAAUCCCAGGAGCGAAAAGGCAGACAGAGUAAAUUGGAUUUCCAGCAGGCAACUAGAAAUUAAACAGGAGUGGUAAAAGCUCCAUUCUUACACUUUACUGCAAAUCGAUUGUUUCCUUCUCCCAAUACCUUGAUCUUAGAAACAUGUAUUUCUCAACAGCUGUUUUUAGGCUGUUUCUGUACUCUUAAAAAUAUCUGCAAUCACUUGUGUCGAGCACUAUAGUAUAGUAAAGAGAAAAUGUGUAGUGGAUAUGGUUUUUAUUUUGUGUUACUUAAAAAGUGCAUGAUGGUGAGACCCUGAAUAAUCUUUCUUUCUUUAGUGUUCCUCCUUCUCCCCUUCUCUUUGCAGUGCUUAUGUAACUCUUAAUGUUCCAUUUAGCUAGGCCUUUCUUGCUUGGUGAGCUGACACUGAGUCGCUGGUUGGAUUAAUCUUUAAUAACUAUAUAUAGAAUUGUAGGUGGAUGUUUUGGUGUUUUUCCAGCACGCACACACACAUACACACACAAAUGAAAAGUCAGUAGUACUUACAGUAACCAAUUUUGUAUAACUUAAAAAAAAAGGAAAAACAAAAAUAAAUGCCCAGUACUUUUGUGGUAUGGGAUUGAU